AUGCUCAGCGCCCAGGAGCGCGCCCACGUCGCGCAGGUGUGGGACCUGAUCGCCGGCCACGAGGCGCCGUUCGGGGCGGAGCUGCUGCUCAGGCUCUUCACGGUGUACCCCAGCACCAAGACCUACUUCCAGCGGCCGGGCACCUGCCUGGACGAGGAGCGGCUGCGGAGCCACGGCCGGCGCAUGCUCGCGGCGGUGGGCGUGGCCGUGCAGCACCUGGACGACCUGCGCGCCGCCCUGAGCCCGCUCGCACACCUGCACGCGCACGUGCUGCGCGUGGACCCCGCCGACUUCCCCCUGCUGAUCCAGUGCUUCCAGGUGGUGCUGGCCUCCCACCUGCAGGGCGAGUUCACGGUGGAGAUGCAGGCGGCGUGGGACAAGUUCCUGAGCGCGGUGGCCGCGGUGCUGACCGAGAAGUACCGCUGAGCGCGGCCCCGCCCAGGCUAUGCGGUCAAUAAACAGGCCCAA